AUGACUAUGUUUUCGAGAUUUUCUGUUCGCCGAGUUUUGAACUCGGAAAUCAUUCGUUCUUGCCGAUUGAACAAACAACCAUUAUUGUCCCAAGUCACCCGGCGUGCAUUGAGCCUGAAGCAUCACGGAGACCCAACUCCAGCAGUUGGAACCACCACGCGAGUACGGAACCAAAGCUUUGGAAAUACAAAGCGAAUUGCAUUGGUCUCCCUUAUUGGGGGCUUUUCAAUUGCGGUAUACAAUAUCUACCACCUUAACAAUCCCCGGGAACAACUCCAGCCAGAUCCCAGCAAGAAGACUCUCGUGAUCCUGGGAACGGGUUGGGGGUCGACAUCAUUGCUGAAAGAGAUCGAUUCCUCAAACUACAAUGUCGUGGUGAUAUCAUCACGAAACUACUUCCUCUUCACCCCGUUGUUGCCGUCUUGUGUGACUGGUUUACUAGACACUCGGUCUCUGAUGGAACCCAUUCGGAAUAUUUUACGCCAUAAAACCACUGCGGUCAAAUUCUACGAUGCGGAAGCGACUAAUAUUGAUUAUGAAAAAAGGGUGGUGCAUUUCAAGAGUGACUCCACUGACGCAUCUGCUGCUGAAAUCCCGUUCGACUUGCUUGUUGUCGGGGUUGGUGCAGAAAAUGCUACCUUUGGAAUUGCGGGUGUGAAAGAACAUGCCUGCUUCCUUAAGGAAACAAAAGAUGCAGAGAAGAUCCACAGGAAAGUGAUGGCUCGCGUGGAACAAGCUGAUUUCAAGGGCCAAGGGCAAGAGGAAAUCAAGCGACUGCUGCAUAUGGUUGUUGUAGGAGGUGGCCCCACGGGAAUUGAGACAGCCGCUGAAUUGCAAGACUUCUUCAAAGACGAUUUAAAGAAAUGUGUUCCCGAGCUGGCGGAUAAACUCAAGGUCACCUUGAUUGAAGCCCUUCCAACGGUCCUUCCAAUGUUUUCAAAGAAAUUGAUCAAUCUCACCGAGUCAACCUUUCAGGAAGAAAACAUUGUGAUCCGGAAAAGGACGAUGGUUAAAAGUGUUUCAGACACGGAAAUUGAAGUGGAGUGCCGGGAGCUUGAUGGGACUGUAAGAAAGGAGGUGAUUCCUUAUGGAGUUUUGAUCUGGGCGGGCGGUAAUGCAGUCCGCCCGAUUGUGAGGGACUUUAUGGGCCAAUUUCCAGGCCAAUCUACUGCUCAUAGAGGACUCGUCGUUGAUGACUACCUUCGGGUAAAAGGUGCUAGUGGCGUAUGGGCGCUGGGUGACUGUACCCAAACCAACUUCGCACCAACAGCCCAGGUUGCUAGCCAGCAGGGUGUCUUUUUGGGCAAACACCUCAACGCCAUCGCAACAGCAAAGAAUCACUCGUUUGGCAAUAUUGCCGGUGACGUCGGCCAGCCGCUCCUCGGAUCGAAGGCAGCCAAGGCAUUUGAUUAUAUCCACCAAGGCAGCCUGGCUUAUAUUGGCAAUGAACGGGCCAUUGCGGAUAUACCACUGCUUGGUAUGAAUAUCGCAAGUGGCGGACAAUGGACUUUCCUCUUCUGGCGUUUGGCCUACGUUAAGAUGUGUCUCAGUGUUCGCAACCGAUAUUUUGUCAUGGGUGAUUGGCUCAGAGUUCAACUUUUUGGCCGAGAUAUUUCGAGCCAAUAG